AUGGCAUCCAAAAGGCAAAGAGUUGGUGAAGAAGGAGAUGAGUACUGUGCAGUUGUUGAUGAUCAAGAAGAAGCAAAAGCGACUAACGAACUCAAACUGAUUGCUGAUGGGGGUGAAUUUGGUGACAUUGUGGUGGUUGGAACUGAUGAAUUGAUUCAUGAUCUGUUUGCGUAUGAGAUUGAGUGCAUUCUUCAAAAACACAUUAUUUCUUCUGUACCAGUCCAUCGACAACAGAUGUCACAGAUCACUCGCGCCAUUGGAGCUGCCGCCCAAACCAGCAGUGGUUCAACCAGUGAACCGCUGACCCAGCUCUCUUCCAAGUUCACUGUCUCCUUGUAUGGUUAUCUCACACGAAAACCACACACGCACAAAGCCGCUACGUCAGCAUCUCUCUCAUUUCCCGCUUUCAAUCUAUCAGAAGAAAUGGGGCAGAAGCAACUACCCACUGCAGAUCCAAUCUCUGAGCCUAAGAAACGCCGUCGGAUGCUGGAAUCGAAGCCAAUCAGUGCAUCCAAAUUUACCUGGCCUUAUUUUGAUUUUCUUGUGUACUUGAUGACGGAUAUCUUAGUUUCUAGCAAAGAAGAAGUGGGUGCUUCAGACAGUUUUCGUAUUAGUCCAGUUGACUUGAAUAGCUUUUUCGAUGAGGAUGGGAAAAUAUAUGGUUACAAUGAGUUGAAGAUAACCAUCUGGGUUAGCAGCAUAUCAUUCCAUGCAUUUGCUGAUAUUACGUUUCAGAGCACAUCUGAUAGAAUUUUCGCUGAUACUCUUGUUGACAACAAAGAUGACUUCCUUCAGACAUUUUCAACAGAGCGUCAUUUUGUUAGAUCCAUUAUCUCAGAUGGAGAGAUAUUGCAACACAAAGCUUCCAACGGACAUGCUGUUGAUUAUAAUAAUCGUUUAGGGACAGCUACUUCGGAUCUUGAGAAGAACCCUAGACUUCAGUCUUGGGUGAUUUAUUGGGGAACUAGGGAGUUAAUAGUGUUUGAUUUGGAUAAUAUCAGCGAAUGA